AUUCAGAGAUAGGCUUUUUAAAACAGAAGAGCCCGUGUACGUCGUGCUUCUACACCGGAGAGACCCCCGUUUCCCCCUCCCCUCCCGCAGCGUCCGUGUGUGCCGUGGAGCGGUUGUCACACAGGCCGCGAAUCGGGUCUUGUUGCUGGGAGGAGACCACACAGACUCGCCUCCCCUUGCUAGCAGUAUUAGCGGCUACGAUGCGACGCUGCUGCCGCUGGUGUAUUUUCCACACAGCAGCAGGCUCCUGUACAACGAGGCGGGUCCUUGGUUAGUUGUUCGGCCCCGACGGAACGAGAGGGUGACUUGGAGAUACACCACACCUUUCAAGGAUGGAUGUUGACUUGUGUGCUGGCGGGGACAGUACCAGGAGAAAAGUAGAACUGCCAGGGGUUGCAGAAGGCACAAUGGACGUUGUACCUUUGGAGAUGUACGACUCUGCCAGAGCAAAAAUAGCUGCCAACCUGCGGUGGCUUUUUGCCAAAGCCUAUGGCAUUGACCAUAUUCCAGAGGAUUUAAGGGACCCGUUCUACACAGACCAGUAUGACCAGGAACACAUCAAGCCACCUGUGAUUCGUCUGCUGUUGUCCUGCGAGCUUUACUGCCGUGUCUGUGCCCUCAUCCUGAAGACGGAGCAGGCGGCGUCUCUUCAGUCCCACCAGUCUGUCAUCCAGGCACUAUCCAGGAAGGGGAUUUACGUCGUGGAGAGUGACGACACACCUGUCACAGAGGGGGACCUGGCCAGUAUGCCCAUCAAAAUGAGUGCUCACAUGCCCAUGAUCGAUGCCCUGAUGAUGGCUUACACAGUGGAGAUGAUCAGCAUCGAGAAAGUGGUGGCUUCUGUCAAGCGCUUCUCUACCUUCAGUGCCUCUAAGGAGCUUCCCUUUGACUUGGAGGACGCUAUGAUCUUCUGGAUCAACAAGGUGAACCUGAAGAUGAGGGAGAUUACAGAAAGGGAGCAUAAAGUCAAGCACCACCCCCUGGAGUCUCCUAGCCACCAAAAGGUACGGUAUCGUCGGGAGCAUGCUUCAGGCCGGCAGCUGCCCUUCUUUCCACUACUGGAAGACCUGAUGAGGGAUGUUUGUGAUGGAGCUGCACUGCUCACCGUGGUCCAUUACUACUGCCCAGACCUCAUGAAGCUGGAGGAUAUUUGCCUGAAGGAAGUACCUUCCAUCGCUGAUAGCCUGUACAACAUCCAGCUGCUCAGAGAAUUUGCCAGCGAGUACCUGAAUAAAAGUUUCUACCUGACAACGGAGGACAUGCUCUACUCGCCGCUUGUGCUCAAGCACAAUGUGAUGGUGUUUAUCGCUGAGCUUUUCUGGUGGUUCGAGACUGUCAAGCCGGAGUUUGUCCAGCCCAGAGAUCUCCAAGAGUUUAAAGAUGCUCGAGCCAUAGCUCAUCCCAAGAGUUCCCGUCCAUCAGUGCCCAUCUCCAACGCCACCAAGCGCAGCUUCCUGGUUAGUCCUGGCGCAGCCGAUAACCAGAGCAGCCCUGAAGUCUGUAACAGGUACUUCCUGCACCUUGAAGACUCUGACCCCCUUAAAGGGGGUCCAACCUUCAGUCCAUCUCACCCACUCCUGCCCCUGCGACAGAGACAACAGAAGCACCAAGGGGAGGAUGGUUCAGGUCUGAGAAACCGUUCAAACUCCCUGACUCAGGUGGAUGGGCAACAACCCAGGGGCUCUGUUGUAGCAUGGCCUGACAAGAGGCAGAGACCUCUGUCCACGCUGAGCCCCUACCUGUUGCAUUCAGCCACCGACAGUGAUGCUGACAUGGCCUCUGGUGACAGCGUGAGUCUGGCUCGCUCCAUCAGUAAGGACAGUCUGGCAUCCAACGUCAUCAACGUCACUCCCAAACACCAGACCACCGCCCUCCAGCCAUCGCAUGCUGCAAUGCGCAGAGUUAACGGCCACGGCCUGCUGGGGAAUGUCAACAUUGAGAAUGAGGAAGAAACUUUGGUGGCAGUUGCCAGGACUGAUGGUUCCGUCAUCCCCAAACGGGUUGAUGUGACACAAGCAGCUGCCACAGUUGGACCCAAACCUUCCGCUGACUCCAAACCUGCACCAGAUAGCUUUUACCUAGAACCACUAAUGCCUGCCGUGCUCAAAACGGCGAAAGAGAAGUCUGUAUGCCUGAACAAGGAGGAGGAGAGUGGUGAGGUAUCCCGGUCCGCAGGGAGGGGCUCUUUACGCCGAGGAGAUGGAUCUACAUCAGCCGUUCGUAGGAAAGCUGCCUGUACUUUAAACCAAACAUUUACCCCUCCAGGUGAGGAAAUGGACUCUACAGAGGAACCUCCCCAGGAUCAGGCAGGUUUCAGGCCUGCUGCCGCCAGCAGUGCGGAUCCCUCAUCCAGGGAGCCUGCUGAGGGUUUCUACCUGCAUUCAGAUUCUGAAGAACCAAAGUCUAGCCAGGGCGUGGACGCUGAGCUGGAAGACCUGGACGAGGAAGAAGAGGAUUUGGAUGAAGCUGUUACCACUAAAGACACAAACUGGCCCCGGAAGGCCCUCAAUGUGGAAGACGAAGAAGAAGAAUCAGCCAAACUCCAAGAGGACAUGAAUGUGAAAGAGCAUGAGGACAAAGAUAUGAACGGCGGCAGCGGGCGCUCCAGCCCUUGUCUCAGCACGCACUCCCAGGCUAGCAGCAUGGCCAGUGGCAGCGUGCGCAUGACCUCCUUCGCCGAGCGUAAAGCGCAGCAGCAACGCUUUGGCAGCAACCACGACCUUCGCUCCAGUGCCUCCAGCUCCCAGAGGACCACUCCAGAUGGAUCGGAGAGCAGUGGACCCCUGGCUUCUUCCUGGAGGAUUAAAAGAGACCAGAGCCCCUCGUCUCCCUUAGGAGGAUGCAAUCGUACAGGCGAUGGUAGCGGCGGUGCGAAUGUACUGGCUUCUGAAAUUGUCCAGCUCCGUAUGCAGCUGGAAGAGAAGCGACGUGCCAUUGAGCACCAGAAGAAGAAGAUGGAGGUGCUGUCAGCGAGGCAGAGGCAGAAGCUGGGAAAAGCCGCCUUUCUGCACAUUGUAAAGAAAGGUGGAGGAAAGAGCGACACAUUGCCCAACCCGCUGAAAGCUGACAUCUCCAAAGAUGACCUCAAUGGAGAGAAAGGACCAUCAAGUAAAGAUGAUAUGUGUGUUGAUACUCUGAGAGGGGAGAAAGAGAUGGAGGGGACCACCCCUCCUGGUGCCUUAGAUGCAGACAAGAAAGGGAACAGCGGAAGCUUCUAUUUAGAAGAAGAGUUGGACCUGAAUGAGUGCAGUCGCUCCAUCGAGCUGCUGAACGACGCCAUCGGCAGCAUCCAGCAGCAGAUGAUGCAGCUUUCACUGCAGCAGGAGAUGCUGAUGAAACAGAAUGUACAGUCCCCUCCCGGUGCAGCUCCACCUCCUGUCACCAGCGACAAAAAUGGUGAGUCUAAGGCGGGGGCAAGCUUUCACUUUGUGGAGCACCUCUCUGGCAGUAGCACCGCUCCCACCAGGAAACCCCCCAAGCUGAGCUCAGGCCGCAGCUCCCGGUCCAAACCAUCAGAACUAAAGAUAGCCAAGGAGCAGAGCCGGCAGGCGGCCAGGACCCUCACCCCGACCCAGAGCGGCUCAGAGACUUUACCACACCCGAGGCAGUUAGCUGGGGGCAGGUCCCCCAGGGCCGAGCAGCCCGACAGCCCCAGAAACCCCACAGCAGCAGAGACAAUCGACAAGCCAGGAUCUGGCCACGUCCGGAGUGCCACCUUCCGACUCCAAGAUGAGGCCAAUAUGCGCCUGCCGACCCGAGUGGACCUGACGUCAGUGGCUGCCCCAGAAGUGUCCUUUGACGAGUGCCUGUCCAGCACCCCGAGAGAGUCUGAGCUCAACUCUUCAGACGGCUCAGGGAAAGAGUGUAUACCAUCAGAGGAGGUGCAGCGCAGCAAAUCCCACCUGAUUGAGGUUGAUCUGUCCGAGCUGAAGGCCCCCGAGGAAGUGGAGGGUGCUGAGGACGGAACGACAGAGGGUGGUGACGGGGAGCAGAAGUCGGUCAUGGGCUUCUUCUUCAAGGAUGAGCAGAAAGCGGAGGAUGAGCUUGCUAAGAAGAGAGCAGCAUUCUUACUGAAGCAGCAGAAGAAAGCCGAAGAGGCUCGACUCCGUAAACAACAACUAGAAGCAGAAUCUGAGCUCAAGCGAGAUGAAGCCAGGCGGAAGGCCGAGGAGGACCGUUUGCGUAAAGAAGAGGAGAAGACACGACGGGAGCUGAUAAAACAAGAGUAUCUGCGGAGGAAGCAGCAGGAGAUGUUUGAGGAACAAGGCCUGGUGAAGCCCAAAACCCCCAAACCGAAGCAGAAACACAGACCCAAGUCCGUCUUCAGAGAGGAAUCCUCCAGCGACAAUUUCUCCAAGUGCUCUUCCACGCCUGACAACCUGAGUAACGCCCAGUCAGGCUCCAGUCUGUCUCUGGCCUCUGCAGCUACCAACGAGGCCGACAGCGUCAACUCUGGAGGGGCCGGCUCCCAGCGCUGUGACUCUGUGGAGUCGUUUCCAGGCAGUCGUAACAACAGUCGGACUGCAGAGAGAGACUGGGACAACGGCUCCACUGCAUCCUCCAUCACUUCCAUGGCCGAAUACACAGGUCCCAAACUUUUCAAGGAGCCCAGCGCCAAGUCAAACAAGCCAAUCAUCCAUAAUGCAAUCUCUCACUGCUGCCUGGCCGGCAAAGUCAACGAACCCCAGAAGAACCAGAUCCUAGAGGAGUUGGAGAAGUGCGAGUCCAACCACCUGAUGAUCCUGUUUCGCGACGGCGGCUGUCAGUUCCGGGCGCUCUACUCGUACUUCCCCGACACCGAAGAGAUCCAGAAGCUGACGGGCACCGGACCCAAGAGCAUCAGCAAGAAGAUGAUCGACAAGCUGUACAAGUACAGCUCGGACCGAAAGCAGUUCACCGUCAUCCCUGCCAAGACUGUGUCAGUCAGCGUGGACGCCCUGACCAUCCACAACCACCUGUGGCAGGCCAAGAGAAGCGCUGUGCCAAAGAAAAGUGGGAAAUAGCAGGCGGGGAGAUCGAAACCCCGCCUUCAUCCGAAUCAUCUUAACCCCCCCCUCCCCAUCGUGCUUGUUUUCCUGAAUAGACUGCAUUGAUGCCCACAGCCAAGCUCGGUCCAGAAACCUACUUGGGAGAGGCCACGUCUACGGACAUGUGGUCGUCUGUAGGUGGACCAAGGCGCAAACAAGGGAAAAGGUAUGUGUGUGUAUGUAUGUGUGUGUGUGUGUGUGGUUCACAGGUGGUCUGACGGACUGGUGCUUGCAACAAAAAGAGGAAAUGCCGGCUGAAUUUAGCUUCUUCUACCUGUGAUCUCAGUGCGAUCUGUUCAGGUUGAUUUUAGGCUACUUUUUAUUCUUUUUUUUUAAUAUUUUACAACGACAACCACGACUCAAGCAUGUGGCUUUUUUUUUUUUUUUUUUCUUUUUCUCCUGUCAUACGUGAUGGAUGUUCUUUUCUACAUGAAGUAUUUAUUAGUUCGGCACUGUCAUGGUUGAGAGCUCAGCUGCAGCACUAAAAUCCUUCCCCUUCUCUCCGGACACGCCUCUCCCCUUUUGGACAAAUUCGGGAGACGUCGGAGGGAAGAGUUUCUGUCGCUCUUUUCAGAAAAUCUGAACCAAGGGACCUUUGUACAACCCUGUAGGACUGUCGGGGCCAGCUCUGCCGCACCCCCAGCAACAACAAUCUCUUCCUGCGUGAACUGUCGAAUCUGUCGAAUCAGGCUGGCAUUGCCGAUUUUUGCCUCACCAGGGAUCUCCAAAAAAAACACACAAAAAACAAAACCUGCUGCUCUGAACUGUCUUCUUCUUUUGUCGUGGGGGAGCUCCUCAGGUCUCCCUCCGACAUCCGUUGGCCUUUCACGCAUCGUGGUACUAUCGUCUAUUUAUUCAACCCGCUUUUUAAAACUAGACGCUGAUCGUGUAGCACUGGAUAUGUGUAUUGCAAAAAAAAAAAAAA